CUCUUUUCACAUCUCACCCGCAGGCAUAGCAGCAGCAGACUAACAUCUGCGCUGCUAAUGACGAACCUACCCUUCAUCCUCCUCCUCCUCCUCCUCCUCCACUCAUCAUCCGCCGUCGAUUUCCACUUCAACGGCUUCGAAUCGUCCAAUCUCAGUCUCUACGGCAACGCCACCCUCCAAUCUCGCAUCCUCUCCCUCACCAAUGAUGGAGCCUUCGACACAGGCCGCGCCCUCUACAAGACCAAAAUCCCAGCAAAAUCCCCAAACUACCCCUACUUGCCUCUCCCUUUCUCUACCUCCUUCAUCUUCUCGAUCUCGCGGUUGAAAGGCGUCCUCCCUGGCCACGGCCUGUUUUUUCUCUUCGCCCCUGCCCCAGGCAUCAACGGCACCAGCUCCGCCCAAAAUCUGGGCCUCUUCAACGCAACGAACGAUGGCGAUCCCCAAAACCACGUCUUCGCCGUCGAAUUCGAUCUCUUCCAGAACCCUGAAUUCCAAGACAUCGACGCAAACCACGUUGGCGUCGACGUCAAUUCCCUCACAUCCAACUACUCACACUCCGCUGGUUUCUGGCCGUCCGAUUCUGGUGAUGAUGCAUUCGUCAACCUCACUCUCAACAACGGCCACAAUUACCAGGUUUGGAUCGACUACGCUGAUUUCCAUCUUAAUGUCACGAUGGCCCCUGCAGGGACCCGCAAGCCUCAUCGCCCCCUUAUAUCAGGGCCAUUGAAUCUCUCCGAUGUAUUCCUCGAUGAAAUGUAUGUCGGAUUCGGUGCGGCCACCGGACAGUUGGUCCAAAGCCAUCGGAUUCUGGCUUGGAGCUUCAGCAAUUCGAAUUUCUCAGCCUACGAAGCUUUGAUCACUUCGAACCUGCCGUCUUUCAUUCCGAAGAGCGAUUCGAUCAUCAAAUCGAAGGGAUUCAUCGCCGGAGUUUUGGUGGGGACUAUUGUUUUGACAGGGUCCGCUUUUACGAUUGCUCUGUUUUGGCUCCGGCGGUUGCGGCAGAGGAGAGAGAGAGGAAGGGAGGACAUGGAAGAAUGGGAAUUGGAGUACUGGCCGCAUCGGAUGCGAUACAAAGAGAUCCUCAGCGCGACGGAUGAGUUUUCUGAAGCGAACGUGAUUGGGAUCGGAGGCAAUGGGAAGGUUUACAAAGGGACGUUAGCCGGCGGGAUCGAGAUCGCAGUGAAAUGCAUUUCGCACAAUAACAACGAAGGAAUGAAGGAGUUCCUGGCGGAGGUGUCGAGCCUUGGGCGGUUGAAGCACCGGAAUCUGGUGGGGCUGAGAGGGUGGUGCAAGAGAGAGAACAAUAGCUUGAUGCUAGUAUAUGAUUUCAUGGAGAAUGGUAGCUUAGACAAGAGGAUUUUCGAUUGUGGGGAAGAGUCUUUGUUGGGGUGGGAAACUAGAGUUAGAGUUUUAAAAGACAUAGGAAAUGGGAUCCUAUAUUUGCACGAGGGAUGGGAAGCCAGAGUCCUGCAUAGGGACAUCAAAGCCAGCAAUGUUAUGUUAGAUGGGGAAAUGAAUGGGAGGUUGGGUGAUUUUGGUUUGGCACGUAUGCAUGGACACGCCCAAGCCUUGAGUACCACACGUGUGGUGGGAACGGUCGGGUACAUGGCGCCGGAGGUGGUGAAGAGCGGCAAGGCGUCGGAGAAGACGGACGUGUUCGGCUUUGGUGUGUUGAUCUUGGAAGCGAUCUGUGGAAGACGGCCGGUCGAGGUCGGUAAGCCAGAGUUGAUUGAGUGGGUGUGGGGUCUGAUGGAGCAGGGCAAGCUGGUCCAGGCUAUCGACCUACGGUUGAACCUCAACGGUGGGGUCGAUACUGAGGAAGCUGAGAGGUUGCUGCAAUUGGGAUUAUUGUGCACGUACUCGGACCCACGUGCGCGGCCCACCAUGAGGCAGGCCAUGAAGUUGCUAGAUGGUGGAUUGGAUGUGGAUGAUACAGAGGGAGAGGGAAUGGACGCUUAUUUGCUUAGUAAAUUGGAACCCAAGAACUGGUCUAAGUAUCGUCGGUGGUCUGUUCGCCGGUCCCACCCCACGUUCGAGGAGGUCCAGCGGUCUAUGUCUACGUCGACUUCAUUGUCGGGAUCAGAUAUCAUCAAGGAAGGACGGUGAGACGUGUGAAUGUUGGGUGCAUUUUUUGAUCCGUAAUGGUGUAUUUAUACAUUGAAAGGAUUUCAUUCGAAAGAUGAUAGUGUUUAUGUAUUUUUAUUAUUUUAUACACGUCUUCACACCAUAGUGAGAUUUCAUC